ACUAAAAUUAAAAAACUAAAUAGUAAAUUCAUUCCCUUCCACAAAACCUCACCUCUCAUUCUCAUUUCUCAUCUCCUCCUCAAUCCCUCCUCAUACACAAAUUCGCAAUUCAAUGGCAGAAUCCCAAUCCCUUUAUCUGUGCUUGCUCCUCUUCCUCUUCCUCCACCUCCUUCUCCCACUCCCGCCGGCACUAGCCUCAUCAACACCAACCCCAACGGCGUGGCCGCACCAGUUCCACUCAGUCCUAUUCAUCAACAGCAGCGGCAAUCUCCAGAAAACCGACCUGUGGUACGACUGGCCCAACGGCCGCAACUUCAACAUCAUCCAGCACCAGCUCGGCGUUCUCAAAUACGACCUUGAAUGGAACAAUGGCACCUCCUUCUACUACACCCUCGACCCUUUCAACCACACCUGCAAGGUUAUCCAUUUCGAUGUGGGUAUUCUCCGCCCUAACUGGCUCGACGGUGCUAACUACCUGGGCCAGCACUAUGCCGACAACUUCCUCUGCAAUGUCUGGGAGAAGGUGGAUUUCAUCUGGUACUAUGAGGAUGUGCUCACUCGAAGACCUGUUAAGUGGAUCUUCUACUCUGGGAUGAUUGCUCAUGUGAUGACAUUUGAGGUUGGUGCUGUGCUUGAAGAUGCACAAUGGCAGGCUCCUGUGUACUGUUUUAAUGAGGCUGAGACACAUGAGAAAAGUAGCAGUAGCAAGGCCCUGUUAGAUUCAGAAGCUUCUGCUGCUCUUGGUGGUUCUUUUAUGAGAGAGAUAACAACUCAACAUGCAUAUGCUAAGUAAUUGUGAGGAAAAUGUUGGAUAGACAUCCGAUUGGGCUGUCCACAUAAAGAAAAAAGAGAACAUAAAAAAGUAAUGAAUGUGAUGUGAUGAAAAAUGAGAGAUAGAGAAAAAAUGAGUGAUCACGGAGGGGUGUGUGUACUCCGGUGUCUACAUAUUUUAGCUGUAACUGUAAGACUGGAAUUACUCAUUAGCAUAUUCGUAAUAAUGUAUCUCUCUUAUUUUGUUGGGAUGCA